GUCAAGACAACGGAGAGCGAUGUCUACGCAUUCGGAUGUACAUGCAUACAUGUACUGUUCAGCCAGCCCCCUUAUCCUACACUGAAAAAUGACUUGCAGGUACUCACUGCUAUUGGAUCCGGGAAAUCGCCCUGGAGUUGGGAUACAGGAGUCCCAUUGGAACGUCUUCUUUCACUGUGUUGCCACAAGCAGCAAGAGGUCCGACCUUCAAUGGAUGUCGUUCUCAAGGAAAUUCACAUUGUUCAUCCUCCUGUCCAUCCUCCAUUUGCCUCUACGUCUACAACUGUAGAUGGCCCUUCAGUGGGGUCCCCACAAAAGGAAUCUAAAGACCUAUUCUUGGCUCAAAUCGCACAUUCCACUAGCGAUCAUAAUAAACCGCGGCCCGCUAUUACCUUUCUUCCAGUGCAGAUUUUAGUCGGAAUCUUUAAAUACCUUGCAUUGAGCGAUCUCAUGAGGUGCAAACAGACGGCUAAGCAUUUUCUACGGGUCAUCGAGGAAUCAUUGACUCUUCAGUAUAACAUUGAACGCGAAACUUGUCUUCUUGCCGGUACUGCUCCAGUUGCUGCCUACCUAGAUAGGCCCUCUGUUGCAGAGACGCUUACCGAUCUUCACAGGCGCGAGAUCGGAUGGGCAAGUCUGAAAUGGCAGCCGCAAACGCAUUCCAUCCCUACUGCGCCGCCUGAUUUUACAAUGAAGUUAUACGAAUUGCAACACGGAUUCUACGCGUCUGUGUGUUACAAGGAAUCCGUGUUGGAAGAUUCCGGUCAUUUACGGCUCCAACCACUUCCAAGAGUCAUGGGGGUCCCAUCCAGUGCAAGAAGUCAUGGGUCACCGCCUGCAGCUGGGCCGAUUAGUCCUGUGGUUCAGGCCAACCUGGGAGGUCAAUAUGACGGUGAUGUCGGAGUAGACUCGUCUCAAAUGCCGAUCUUCAAUUACCUCGGCUUUAAAGCUCAAGAGUUUAGUAUCGAUCCUGAACAGAAUUUGGCCGUCUAUCUUUGUCAAAGUUCUGACCCCGAUGAGACUUCCGGCAGGAUGAUUGUCAGAAUAAGGCAAAUGUCUGAUAAUGCUUUUCACCCAUUUGCUCGAUACGAGACCCUCGAUACUCGCUCGAUGCCGGAUGAAUUGGGUAGCUAUUUGGUCCAGAUAUUUGGUGAUUUUGUUGGCGUCAUGUUCACUACGAAGGCUCGCUUUUGGAUUUGGAAUUGGAAGACAGGUAUAUGCCAAUGCGAACUGUUGGAUUCCGGGAUGGAUUCGUUUUUGUUUUUAUCUCCACGGCAUUUUGUUAUUUCUCGACGCAAAGGGCCUCUUGCCUCGCUAGAGGUCUAUGCAUUUAAACCUUGCCAUUACGAUGGCCCACCUGUCAAAUCUUGCCUUCCAACUCGGCAUCUCGCGACGUUUCGAUUACCCCGAUUGUCGACAGGUUCGGUGUAUUUCUCUCACAUCGAGUUGGUCUGUGAGCCCAGCCCAGUGUUUGAAACACCAGAGUAUGAAAAGUUGCCCUUGCCACCAUUCUUUCUACCACGUUCAGUUGACGGUCCCUCUAUAACACCAAACAAUCCAUCGGAACCAGGGCCUACCAACGGACCGUUCGUUCGCCCUCGGCAGGAUGAUUUCAGGAUUGCUCUCUUAUCAUUCACCGUGUCCUCCCUUCGUUCCGAAAGAAAUAAUUACAAGAUGUUUGUCGCCCAACUCCGGACGGGCGGGGUGAUGCCAGGUGGGCUAGGUCCCCAUGCUGAUCCCACAAACACCCUUCCUGUCCAGGUUCGGUGGGAUGAUUGGGGAUGUCGUUCUGCACGGUUAUUGGGUCCUCUGGGCGGAAACGUUUGGGUAGACCCAGCUGUUUUCAUGAACCGAUACAUUUUUCGUACGCUCGAGUUUGAACGGACACUCGAAACGGCCCAAUGGGGGAUCUCCCAUUCGGAUCCCCAAGAUCAUGUUCGUUCCCGUCUUCAUGUGCUGGAUUUCAACCCUUAUUCAGUUCGUGCCGGGUCUCUUUCCGGGAGGGAUGAAACACUGUAUCCACGGGAAAGCGGCUCAGGCGACGCGGAGCAUCCAAGGAUGUCCAAGGAUUACAGGAUCUCAGGUCGUAUGGAGACAGACCUCGAACCCACGGUAUUGCACAGCGGUGACUUUGCUUAUAAGGUCAUCAGUGGCCUUCCAUACCGCCAGGUGACGAGCGAUGAAACAUUCCAAGGAGACUUGUUACCUAUGAUGGAUGCUGAGAGGAUAUUGCUCGUUGACGAUACUACUUGGGGCUCUAUGGAAGUUCUUGUCAUUUGACCAGGCGAG